AUGUCUCCAAUUUACGCCUUCCUAACGAACGGAACCUUGCCCGCCGAUAAGUCCCAAGCUCGGAAGCUCCGGUACCGGUCGGUAAGGUACGCAGUCAUCGACGAUGUUCUGUACAAGCGAGGCUACACCAUGCCAUAUCUAAAAUGCCUCACAAAGGAGCAAGGGGACUACGUCCUUCGGGAAGUUCACAGUGGGGUCUGCGGUGACCAUACAGGGUCUCGAUCGCUGGCACACAAAAUCUUCCGGCAGGGGUAUUUCUAG